CGGUGAAAGAGUGGGACAUAGCGCCUUUUCCUUGCUCUGAAAGUCCCCCGGAAAGAGGCGACGCGCCUUGAUCUUGAACCUUCGAUUUACUCGAGGAAGAGAGAAAAAAGCACGCACAUUUUCGCCAGUCUCUUCGUCAGCUUCGGCCGGUACGCCAAGCUCUCGUAAUUAUCUCCGCUAAUAAGUAUCUUAUCUUCGUAAGGUGCUAGUUCUUCUGUUUUCCUUGCGGCAGAUUAGAGUUCAAGAUCAUCGUCUAAAGAAGUAGCUCCAAUGACUCAACAAGUUCGGGUAUUAAAAUGAAAGGAUGGUUAAUCGCGCUGUUUGCGAUCCAAAUUUCUUUCAAAUGUUUGACCAUCAAUGCUCAGAAUAUUUGGGACGACAUUGGAAAUGGCGAUGAUAACGAUAAAAUUGAAAGUCCAGAUAAUUCAUGGUCAGAAAGGAAUUCGUUGGCACGAACAACGUUGUUCGAUCGCCAAGAAAGGCUUCAGCAGAGAUGUGAACAGAUGACAAGAAAUGAACCAACGAUGACUAUCGAUGAUCCAAAAAUAUUUCAUAAUAUUCUAGUCGACGAUAAACAUAAGUUACUUUAUUGUUAUGUGCCUAAGGUGGCCUGCACAAACUGGAAGCGCGUGCUAAUGAUGGCGGCGGGCAAGUGGAAAGGUAACUCGCCGUUGGAAAUACCAGCUAACUUAGUACAUGCCUCGGGCAGCUUCGUUCGUUUGAGCAACUCAAGCCUGGCUGAGAUCGAGGACAAGCUCGCUAGUUACGAUAAAUUGAUCGUCGUACGCCAUCCAUUCGAGAGGCUACUUUCGGCCUACAGAAAUAAAUUCGAAGCCAGAUACCAGAGCUCCGCUUACUUUCAGUCGAGAUUCGGCAGAAAAAUAAUCAAGAGAUACAGAUUGAACGCGACGGCGGAGUCGUUGGCGAAGGGGGACGACGUGAUUUUUGCAGAGUUUGUCGAUUUCAUUGUGAAUGACAAGGGCUCGAGAAACGAACACUGGGAAUCUAUUAGUGAACUGUGUCAUCCUUGUUUGGUCAAUUACAAUCUUGUCAGCAAGUACGAAACUCUCGUCGAAGAUGCCACGGAGAUUUUAGAUAGAAUCGAUGCCAGCUCCAUUACGUUUCCAGUACGACCACAAAAUAGUCAACCGACUGGCAAGAUGCUCGACAAGUACUACUCAAAAUUGACUUGGGCUCAGUUACGCGACUUGGCUAAACUCUAUCGCGAUGACUUUUACUUGUUCGAAUAUUCGCUCGAACAGGUUCUUGGUUUCUCCGUAGCUUAAUGUUAUUGAAGUCGAGAUUGCAAGACAAAAUGUAAAUAAAUGUAUAUAUAGGUGAUUGUCGCGACGGUUGAAUGGAGGUAUUCACGAACGUUCACCUUGCGUCAGAAUUGAAAACAAAGAUUGGCGCAAUUGGCUAAAGUGCUGUUAUAGCGCGUUUUACCUUUCGUAGCAUCUUGACGUGAUUAUUUAUUUUUUUAUUAUUUUUGUUGCUUUAUUUAUUUAUUUAUUGAGAGUGAAAAUAGAUGAAGGAAAUACUAGUGUACGUUAAAAAAAGUGCCAAUACAAUAGAUGUAACACUUAAAAUCACAUAUCAGUGGGAGUACUAUAUUCAUUUAUUACAAUAGAUCAAUAGUCAAUUUUGUGUAAGAUCUGUAAGUCGUAGCAAAAGGUGAGUUGGAGCAAAUGCUUGAAUGUCUUUUAUUAUUGUUAUUAUUUAUUCAUUUAAUUAUUUAUUGACAGAAAGUCAAGUUACCUCAAUCUAAACUCCGUCAUAGAUGUGCCGCAUUGUGGGCAAAAGCCCUCAAUUCGCAAUAGCUUCGUGAAAGAAAGCCAGAUAGGCGCUAUUUUGCGUGCCGCUGCACGCGUUCGUCAUAACAUUAAGCGCGAUGCAUUAUCGUGCGCUCACCAUAUGCGCGCAACCACGUCGACAGGAAUCGCCGCGCAGGCGCCCGGCAGCUUGCUUUUUCAUUUCAUUUUUAGGGUUUUUCCCCCACUCACAUUCAUCUGAUCCCACGACUUUUCUUCUACUCGGCGCGCUUUGUCGUGUCGUUUGAUCAGCGAUUACGUCUGUUCUUAUCAGUAAGUCAAAUAUUUUCCGACUAUCAAUUAUGAAAAGGUGAACGAUAAUGCGUCUUCUGGAGUACAUCACGUUUUGGCACGAAGAAAAAAACGAAUAUAAUUGUGCAUAUAUUUACAUUAAAAUAAGUAAUUUCUUUUUUACCUCCUGACGAGAAAACGUCAUAUCAAUAGACAGUUUGAUGCGUCUUAUUUCUUAUACAUUUUUUGUUAUCAGAAGUUUGAUAAUAGAAACGUUCAAAUAAACAUCUGAGAUAUUUGUU